CGAGGCAAGGCAGGCAGCGCGCCGCAGCUCCACCUCCUUUCGCCGCCGCCUCCUCUUCUUUUCCCUCCUCCUCCUCCUCCCGCUGCUGCUGCAGCAGCGCCGCCGCUAGCGUCUCCCUCAGACGCUCUGAGGCAGCUGCCCAGGCAGGAGUGGCGCGGCGUCCCUUACCUUGGAAGAGCGAGGGCAGCCUCUCCUGGCUCGGGAGCAGGCGGCUGGAGAACCCACACGCAGAGGGAGAAAGGCGCCGGCGGAACCUGGGGCGAGGAAGGACCGGCCUCGUAUCCAUGCCGUGAGCUGCCCGGGUCUCGGAAGGCUGGACGGGAGCGUCCCCGAGGAAACGCCGGCUGUGUGGAAGAAAAUGUCAGUCAGCAUGCAUGAGAAUCGCAAAUCUAGAGCCAGCACUGGCUCCAUAAACAUAUAUCUGUUCCACAAAUCUUCAUAUGCCGAUAGCGUUCUCACUCAUCUAAACCUUCUGCGCCAACAACGUCUUUUUACGGAUGUGCUUCUCCAUGCUGGGAGCAAGUCAUUCCCUUGCCAUAGGGCUGUCUUAGCUGCUUGCAGUCGGUACUUUGAAGCCAUGUUCAGUGGAGGACUCAAGGAGAGCCAAGCCAGUGAAGUCAACUUCCAUAAUUCCAUCCACCCAGAGGUUCUAGAACUUCUCCUGGACUAUGCAUACUCCUCAAGGGUCAUCAUCAAUGAAGAAAAUGCUGAGUCUCUUCUGGAGGCCGGAGACAUGUUGGAGUUUCAAGACAUCAGAGAUGCUUGUGCAGAAUUCCUGGAGAAAAAUCUUCAUCCUACUAACUGCCUCGGCAUGCUGCUCCUGUCUGACGCUCACCAGUGUACCAAACUCUAUGAGCUCUCUUGGAGGAUGUGCCUUAGCAACUUCCAGGCUAUCAGCAAAAGCGAAGAUUUUCUCCAGCUCCCAAAAGACAUGGUUGUCCAGCUCCUGUCUAGUGAAGAAUUGGAGACUGAAGAUGAGCGUCUGGUGUAUGAGUCUGCCAUGAAUUGGAUUAACUAUGAUCUGAACAAACGCUACUGUUAUCUCCCAGAACUGUUGCAGACUGUGAGACUGGCUCUUUUGCCAGCCAUCUAUCUGAUGGAGAAUGUGGCUACCGAGGAGCUUAUCACCAAGCAAAGGAAGAGCAAAGAGAUUGUUGAAGAAGCAAUAAGGUGCAAGUUGAAGAUUUUGCAGAACGAUGGUGUAGUCACCAGUUUGUGUGCGAGGCCUCGAAAAACUGGCCAUGCUCUAUUUCUUUUAGGAGGACAAACCUUUAUGUGCGACAAGUUGUACCUGGUUGACCAAAAAGCAAAGGAGAUCAUCCCAAAAGCUGACAUCCCAAGCCCAAGGAAAGAGUUCAGUGCAUGUGCUAUCGGCUGUAAAGUCUAUAUUACAGGUGGCCGGGGAUCUGAAAACGGUGUCUCUAAAGAUGUUUGGGUGUAUGAUACACUUCAUGAAGAGUGGUCCAAGGCUGCUCCCAUGCUCGUAGCUCGGUUUGGUCAUGGUUCUGCUGAACUCAAACAUUGUCUAUAUGUUGUUGGAGGGCACACAGCAGCCACUGGUUGCCUCCCAGCCUCUCCUUCAGUAUCCUUAAAGCAAGUAGAACAGUAUGAUCCUGUGACCAACAAAUGGACAAUGGUUGCUCCACUUCGAGAAGGAGUAAGCAAUGCAGCUGUAGUCAGUGCAAAGCUGAAGCUGUUUGCCUUUGGCGGUACCAGUGUCAGCCAUGAUAAGCUACCCAAAGUUCAGUGUUACGACCUUUGCGAAAACAGAUGGACAGUACCAGCCACCUGCCCACAGCCAUGGCGAUACACAGCUGCAGCUGUUCUGGGCAACCAGAUCUUUAUUAUGGGUGGAGAUACUGAAUUCUCCGCGUGCUCGGCUUAUAAAUUCAACAGUGAAACUUACCAGUGGACUAAAGUGGGAGAUGUUACAGCUAAGAGAAUGAGCUGCCAUGCAGUAGCAUCUGGAAACAAGCUGUAUGUUGUUGGGGGAUAUUUUGGCAUCCAGAGAUGCAAGACGCUAGAUUGCUAUGACCCCACUCUAGAUGUAUGGAACAGCAUAACCACAGUGCCCUACUCCCUAAUUCCCACUGCAUUUGUGAGCACAUGGAAGCAUCUCCCUUCUUAACUGCAUGUGUGCCUAUACAGCUUGUUCCAUUAUUUGGUGAAGAAAUGUUGGAUCUGUGGAGAAGCAGCUUUAAUGAAGAAAAAAACUGUUCCUUUUUAUUUUGAGUUUGAAGAAAAUAUUCUGCACCUUCUAAAUUCUUAAAAAGCUGGAAAUGAAGGAAUGGGAGGGGAGAAUAUUGUCUUCAGUAUAUCAGCACCUAGUUUAACUAUGAAUGAAUGAACUGAUGAUCCGAUCCCUGUGUUAGUAAUUGUGGAUUAAUGUCAAGUUUAAUCAGCCCUUCAAAGCAGGGGGGAAGCCGAACUUUUCAGAGCUGCACAACACAGCACAAACCCUCAAUUUUCAUGGACUUUGCUGUUUGUGUGCAAAAUUUGAAAUGGUUGUCACCUCUCCUUUGUGACAGCUUGAAGUGUCAGCAGCAGCUGCUGAGGAAAUGGGCCAGGUCUGGAGCAGCAAGAUGUCUUUGUGAAUGAAGAUGCAGCUGUAUCGCCUGCCACAGGGAAGGGCUUGUUCUCUUAGGCAGUGCCUGGAGCAUUGGUUCAAAUUGCUGAGCUGCAUUGUUGUAAGCUGCAGCGAGUGACCUUCUACUUGCUAAGGAGCAGCACACCUAUUAAAAAAGAGAGAGAAAAGAGUUUUUUGCAGCAUUUUGUGGGCAAAGGGAAAUAACUCCAUUCCCCCACCCCCACGCAUUUAAUUUCCUCUUGUAUUUAUUAAUUACGACUGUCCUACUCUUAAAUUGUUACUUGUUGUAGAUAUAGCUAUUUAUUGUUCAGUGCUUGCAUGCAGAGGAAACGAUGCCCACAGUUGUCUUUUAAGGGCUUAUGUGAAUCGUAUGUUUUGCACAUUCUGUGGUCUCGUGACUUGCUCUGCUGCACAAGAAGAAAAAGUGCUGAGUAAUAUUUGGGGAGAGGAGAAAUGAGGUAAGGAGUGAGAAAUUGAAGGAUUACAAGGUAGCAUCUUAAAUUACACGUAUACUGAAGGAGGAAGCCAUGGAGGUCACUUUCUCAGGCCACUGUUUUGUGUGGCUUGCCAGUGGUAUCCCUGUUACACUUGAUUUGCCUAGUGUUACCUUUUUUUAUUUUUGAAGGAACUCCUCUGGAAGUAGCCACUGUCACUUAACAGUUUUCUUCUUGUGCAGCUUCAUCGCUACUGGAAAAGGGGUGUGUGUGGAAAACCCCCAACAGAAUUAAUUUACACAGAGCCCUGUUCAUGGCAUUAUCCAACAUUUUAUUUUGUUUAUUUAUUUAUUUAAAGUUAGCCGAUGGGAUGUCUACUAUGGACCCACUUCAUCCAACCGUGGGAAGUAACUUUGAUUUAAAGAUACAAAGUAAAAUAAAGUGGGGAAGAGAUUUUUUAAAUUAUUUUUGCUUUUUCUUUAUUUUUUAAAAUUAACACCAACUCCUUGUCCAUCCACUUUUGAAUUUAAAUUGUGCGCACACGCACGCACACACACCAUCAGUGUCUUACAAGGUUUGGCAUGAUUGUUAGGAUGACAGAGGAGAAAAGUUGCUCAAACAUUGGUUUAAUAAUAAUCAUUCCUUCAUUAAUUAGCAAGUUAAGCUUUCAAAUGCAUACUACCUGGAAGCAUCACAUAGGAUACCGAUCAAAGUCCCAUCCCCUGGAAUUUAUUUUUUUAGUUCUUGCUUUCAAGCCUGAUCAUUCCAUUCCAUUCUUGGUUGGUUUGUUUUUCCCCUACUUUGUGUCUUUACCAGACUUUUUAGUUGUGCUAUCCAUGAGAAUCAGUGCAGCUCAACCAGCAUAAAGCUGCCAGUCCUCAUCGUGGUUGGUUGUCUUGUCUCAAUGUUGUAUAAGCAAAAUUACUUUAAAAUGCAUGCAUGCAUGCUUAAAAGGAAUUAUGAUGAUGAUGCCUGCCUACCUAAUGAUGAUGUAGCUCAACUCUUCACACUCUUUACCAUAUGGGAAACCCAGUAACCUUACAUUGCAUUCCUAUGGGUGCUUACACAGAAGUAAACCCACACCACAUUGCAUGGGGCUUACUUCUUAGUAAGUAUGUUUAGGAUGGCAUUAUCAGUCUUAAGACUCUUCUCAUGCUGCCAUAGGCUAAUUCUGCAGACUCUAUUAUGUGCAUUUCUUAUGUAUUCCUAUUCGCUUUAAUGAGAAAUGGGUAUGUGUGCAAUUUUGCAAAUAGCGAGUAGUGGUUCUUAGCAUGGCUAGCCAGAAAGGUUUUUAAGAAACUCUGAACAGUAUGCACCAUAAAGUUUGAUUUGCAGACUACUGUUUUGAUUUGCAUGUUUUUGACCAGCUUUGACAUUUUCGGGUAUUGCAGUUGCAGCUGUAUCAAGGGAGGCUGUUUGAGAGGAUUCUAGAACAAAACUCCUUUCAAACUUUGAUUCAAAUGUACCAAGUGCCUGGGGUGUAGGAAAAAUGAAAGUGUUCCUAAACACCAUCAAUCAUUUUUCAGUGAAGCCUAGUGUAUUGGCUAUUGAGGGCCAGUGCCCUCAGGACAGCUGCACUGGAGUGCAGUAGGAGUGGUGAUGUGAUUUGCUGCAGGUCACUUUGCUGUAGAAAGGGCUGUUGGCAUUUGCUGUUUGUUGGUUUAAGAAUCACUGCUGAAGUUGGCUCUGAAAACGAUUCUUCUACACAGCAACAACAUAAAAUGCCAGUAAGUUUAGUAAGAAAUUGUGAAAGAUGGGGAACCCUCUUCCAAGUAAUGCAUAGUAGAUGACUUAAAAACCUGUGAAAAGCUAUAAAACAUUGCUUUUACAAGCAAACAAAAAAACUACCCAAACUUAAAUUUGGUUUGUAUAAAGUCUACCACCACAAACCCUUUAUUCAAGGGUUGUCUCUCACUUUUGGUUUGGGGGUCUCUCUGCCCUUCCAUAAAAGAAAAAGUAACCUGUAAAUCCCUGCGGAACUAUAAUGUUUUUGCAUUCACUUAGCACAGACCUGCAUUACUCCCAAGGUGUUUUGAGUAAAUGGCCCCAAACCCUUUGUUUAGGGAAGUGACAGAAUCCUGUCUGCAGCAGCUCUCUCUAUAACUGUUUAGCUUAUGGCACAAAUCUGUUUUGUAAUACCAUCCAAUUUCCUGAAGCGCCCGAAGUCUCCAUAGUUGUAUUUCAAAGCAGUGGUUUGCUUUCAAGUCCUUGGAUUUAAUUCCUGGGCCUAGGUUGAAGAAAACAAAAAACCAGGGGUGGCCCCUAGCCCUGCAGGCAAAUAUUUUGGGUUCCCGUUCUUUGAAUAGACGUGGGAAUCCUGGCUUACUACUUGGCGAUUCCAGUCCGAAAAAACACCCUACACUUCUGAGAGAAAUGCAAUUCACACCAGAGUACACACAAAAACCUUGGCACAAGACGAGAAAAGUUCUUAUUUUGUGGGCUGGUUGCUGUGGAAACGUGGAACAAAGGACAGCCUACCACUUCUGGUAUAAUUGUGUAGGCCCUUUUUUUCUAGGCCUGACACCUGUCUGAAUAAGAGUGAUUAGAGCUGAAUAGUGUCCCUUGUCUGACAAUUGAAGAUGCGGUUCACGUACAAAAAAACGGGAAGGGGGGGGAGGGAGGAGGGAAGCCGUACCAGUGAAGAAGUAAAAUAUCUAUGUUGUCUCCCUUUGUUUGCUACUACAUUUUGAGGUUUUGUAAAACUGCAUUUUUUUCACAAUGUGAAACUGAAGGUCAAUAAAUUAUUAGAGAUUUUCUCUUCAAUGAACAAGUUUUCCUGAGGUUUUAUUUCACUAGCAGGAAUGUUUGGGUCCAUUUAGACUCUCACCUUAACAAAAAACAAAAAACAAACAGCAUCUUCAACAUGGAGCUUGCAGAUUUCCUUUAAAUGUCUGCUUCAGUUACACUUGGAAUGCUCCUCUUUGUCCUGGCCUGUCACUCUUGCUAUGAACUAGCUCUGAAAGUUCAACAGCUAAAAUGACAGGAGCUUUAAGACAGCUCUGUGGGCAGGAAAUGCAAGAGUUUGUAAAAAUCCCCCUGCCCCAUAGUUCUUGAAGCAUGGCUUAGUGACUGAUAUUACUUCAGAAGGAAAUUAUGCAAGUCAAAUCCUGCAGUAUUAUUCCUGAGGGGGAGAAGGAAAAAAAAAGAUAAUGUGGGUUUCUAUAAAAUGCAUGCCGUUUAGUUUUUAAUGUGUCGUAAAUAAUCUUGAGUUUCCUAUUUCCUUAGCACUCAUCGAGUCCCAAUCAGGGAUGGGCCCCUUUCUGAACAUUGGCUCUUCUGCAAAUCCACUUUUUUAAAAACAUUGUUUUAUGUAUUCAUGCAAGCGCACAGGUAAAACUACAAAAAGAAUUCUGAUGCCAUCAUGGGAUAAUCUGCUCAGGAAAUGGCAAAGUCAGCUUUAUGACACAGUAAUCUUGAUGUAAUCAUAUAGAUGUGGUUGGUUGUUGCUUUUUACAGUAGUGGGGUGGUAGAUAAGACAUAAAGGAACAGAAAGCUCCGGUAAACUGCAUGCACUGCAUUAUGUUAAAAAAAUUGGAAAUAAUAAACUAAGCUAUGGUAAAUUCUGAAAUCCUUGGUGGCAGUGCAGAAAUAAGAGACCAUGAAAUUCAAAACACUAAAGUCCAGGGAGAAAUUUGGAUGAGUUGAACUUCAAAAGCAUUCUUAGUCUUACGGUUAACAAACUGUGAAAUCCAGUCAAAGAUAGGCAUGUUUUGAAUCCCAAUAUCUUAAUUUAUUUCUGAAUGAAAUUUUACGUAGUUCAAAUAUACUUAAUUUUGGAUGGAAAGUUAUUUAAUUUUGGUUAGGCAAGCCUUUGGGAUUUAUUUAUUUUUAAAUUAAAGAAGGGAGAUCAACUCUCAAGUACCCUUAUUUUGAAGGACACUCUUUGUUUAAAACAACAAACCAACAAAACCAUGUUCAGGUUCUCAGGAAUCAUAAAUGUGAUCACAUGAACAUUUGAAGAGCUAAAGAUUGCACACUGAAACAUGCAGAGUAUUCUAAUGUUCCAGGAGGCUCCUAUUUUAAGCCUUCUGAGGUACAAUUUCUUUCCCUCACAUAUUUCUACAUAUGAGUUUUUAUUAUUAAUAAAUUAUUACUAUUUAUUAAAUUGUAUGGGACAGUUGGUGGUGCUAAAACACAGAGCCUAGGGCUUGCCGAUCAGAAGGUCGGGGCUUCAAAUCCCCGCGACGGGGUGAGCUCCCGUUGCUCGGUCCCAGCUCCUGCCAUCCUAGCAGUUCGAAAGCACGUCAAAUUGCAAGUAGAUAAAUAGGUACCGCUACAGCGGGAAGGUAAAUGGCGUUUCUGUGUGCUGCUCUGGUUCGCCAGAAGCGGCUUAGUCAUGCUGGCCACAUCACCCGGAAGCUGUACGCUGGCUCCCUUGGCCAAUAAUGCGAGAUGAUCGCCGCAACCCCAGAGUCAGUCACAACUGGACCUAAUGGUCAGGGGUCUCCUUACCU